UUCCCACAAAACAAAACUGAGAAGUAACUUUCCUUCUAUUCAGAGAGAAAAUUAAAAAAGGAAGAGAGAGAUGAAAAAUGUGCAAGAGGAAUACCGUAAAGGACCGUGGACAGAACAGGAGGACAUCCUCUUGGUCAACUUUGUCCACGCUUUCGGAGAUCGAAGAUGGGAUUUUGUAGCCAAAGUUUCAGGUUUGAAGGUGGAGGGAGAAACAUGAUAAGAAUAGGUUUACACAGAACAGGAAAGAGUUGCAGGCUAAGGUGGGUUAAUUACCUGCAUCCUGGCCUCAAACGUGGUAAGAUGACUCAUCAAGAAGAGCGUCUUGUCCUUGAGCUUCACGCCAAAUGGGGAAACAGGUGGUCAAAAAUCGCAAAGAAGUUGCCGGGUCGAACAGAUAAUGAGAUAAAGAAUUACUGGAGGACUCAUAUGAGGAAGCAGGCACAAGAGAAGAAGCGACCUAUGUCGCCAACUUCCUCAUCUUCAAACUGCUGCUCAUCGUCUAUGACCCACGACACUGGAGGAUCCAAUGGGAAAAUGAAUCAAGAAUGUGAUGAUGGAAACUACUCUAUGGAUGACAUAUGGAGAGAGAUUGAUCAAUCUGGAGCAAACAUUAUUAAACCGGUAAAAGACAUCUACUACUCAGAGCAAAGCUGUUACUUUAAUUUCCCUCCUCUUCCUCUGGCUUCUCCAACAUGGGAAAGCUCCUUGGAGUCUACAUGGAACAUGGAUGCAUACGAGAGUAAGAUGUCUUCUUUUGCCAUUGAUCAAUUUCCUCUCAGUUUUGAACAUGCUAGAUCAUCAUGGUCGUCUUUAGUCUAGGAUUUGAUUCAUUUGAAUGUUUAUAUGUGAAGCUUAUAUGUAUUAUCAUAUCCAUCUCCCUUUUUCUCAAAAAUAUGUUUUCAUGGAUACUAUGUGUAAUAUAAGUGAGAACUAUAUUUCAAAAUGAAUAGAUUUUAAUGUUUCUGUGAA